AUGGUACCCGCAGGUUCGGAUGAAGGUCGUGGCAUCGCCACAACGACAAGGGGUGGCUUCAUCCUCGUCUCCACGUAUGCAUGGGCGAUCGUAACAGCAGGCGUGCUGGUCGCGCGGUUCUGGCAGAGUCGUAGCCAAAAGGUCGAAGCCGGUCUUGACGACGUAGCAAUCAUUGCGGCGACUAUUGUGUAUCUAGGCGCGACUGUUGGUUGGCAAUACGCCAUCCGCGGUGGUUUAGGAAAGGACGUGAAAGAUCUCAGUGACGAGAACAUCUCUUUGUUCUUCAAGGCAUCCUACAUUGCCGGGAUACUCGUAAUCUUUGCGAUGGUAUUCGCAAAGCUGUCGUCUGCUUUGCUCAUCGAACGCGUCGUCCCACAAACCCGAAGAGCCAAAAUUAUACUAUUCGGCAUGAUUACGAUCUUUGCGAUAUUCUCGAUCUUUGCUCUCUCUUUCCAAUGCGGAAUCCCGGAAUGGACUGCACAUUCGCUACGAUGUAGCAAUGGUGGCCUUGCGAUCGCAGUCGUAGGACUCAACAUGACUACAGACCUUUUCUUGGCUUUUUGGAUGGUUCCGGUCCUUUGGAAAUUGUCGUUGGACAAAGAGAAAAGCUUCGCAGCAGCGACGCUCUUCGGUGUUCGAGCAAUUGUAGCAUUCGUUGCUGGAGGUGAAAUAUGGGCCACUUUGAGGUUAGCAUCUAGUCAAAAUCCCACGCGCGAUGCAGUUGAGCUUGUCGUCCUGACUCAAUCUGUGUCCAGUCUUUCCCUGAUACUCGCAAGCGUUCCACGAAUCAAGCGUAUCAUUGGCGUUGGUGGCAGCGGCCUGGUAUAUCCGGAGAUCCAAGGCACUGAACUCUCGGUCUCUCGCAAAUCUUCAACCUGGCAAGAUUCGCGUAGUACGAAUCCGAAACUGGUGCCUUCUGACCUGGGAGACUUUACGGUAACUGUGUCAUCGAAAGGGACAGAGAAAAGAAGAAAAAUGCCGUGCAGGCAUCUGCAUCCCGAUUGGCAGUCGCUCACAAUGGGGGCAACUACCGACGAACAUGCCAGCACGUCGAGCCUAUUUGGUCCGGAUGAGCAAGAAGGUGUGAUGAUGCGGCAGGAUGUUAUUGUGUCUGUGGAGGAUAGAAAGGCUCGGAACUCAGUGUUCAAACGCGACAGUCGAUGA